AUGGCUCUGUGCUACCCCACGGCUGUAGGCCUCAAUAAGGGCCACAAGGUGACUAAGAAUGUAAGCAGGCCGAGGCAGAGCCGCCUCCUCGGGCGCCUCACCAAGUACCCCAAGUGCAUGAGUGACAGGGCCCAAGAGGUAUGCAGCCUCGCUCCUUAGGAACGGCGGGCCAUGGAGCCACAGGUCUCCAAGGACAAGCAGGCCCUCAAGUUCAUCAAGACAAGGGUGGGGACAGACAUCCAUGCCAAAAGGAAGAGUAAGGAGCUGAGUCAUGUCCUGUCAGCCAUGAGCAAAGCAGCAGCCAAGAAGGACAGAGCUCCCUCCCUUCUCUGCUAA